AUGGCAGAGCCAUUUGGAAUCGCAUCUCUCAGUAUCGAGGCGUGCAAAGCGCUCGUCUCGUACUGUGAUGGCUGGCGUGCAUUCGAUACCGAGAUCGACAGUGUCAAAAUAAAGGCUGAAGGGCUCUUAUCGACUCUUCAAGUUCUUGAUAAGUUAUUAGGUGAAACUAGUGCAGUUCGUCCGAUUAUCACCGCCGAUAUCGCACUUAAAAUGUCUCAAACUGGGGCCAGGAUAACAGCUGUUUGCCAGAAAGUUACCAAAUGCUCUGUCCUUCCAAAUAGCAGUGGAGUGGACCAGAAACUGCGAAAAACAGCGCAGAAGGCGAAGUAUCCGUUUCGACGGGAUACUCUGAAAAGUGCGGCGAAUGACCUGCAGGAUAUCCAGAUCAAUCUCAACACAGCAUUGUUGGCAUUGCAGAUCCAACAGGCGCAGUCACUACGCAAAGUCGAGGCCCAAGGGGCUUCAAUCAUCACUACGGUCGGCCAGCUCCAGUCAAGCCUUGAUAGGAUGCAAGUCGUAGUGCAAGGGCCCUCUAUUCCCUCUGAUUCGCAGCUUCAAAUAGCAUCGAAGUAUCCAGCACAAUGUCGACCUGCAUCCCACAAGUACCGAAACAACAAAACAACGAAGCGGGUUCGUUUGGUCAGUGGCUGGUUACGGAUGUCAAUUGAAUUGAUGAUGACCAUUGAAAAUGGGACGCAGGGCUUUGCUCUAUCCCCUACACUACGUUUUCGUGGCAUUGUCCCCAAGACCUCGCCAGCAUUCAGGCUGAUCAGCCAACUUACGCAUGAAGAUUCGAGCCCACAACGGAAUGAAGAAAUUUCUAAUCAAGCUAUCCGCAGCCUGCAACAAAUGUUCAAUGAAGGGCGGGCCAGACCUGGUGACCAAACGCAGGACGGGGACACAUUAAUGACGAUCCUAUCCUUUCAAAUUAUUUAUUCCCUGAUGAUCUCGUCGUAUACGGGCUUCCUACCGUAUUAUCCGAUCCUACGGUAUCUUGUUGACGCAGGAUGCCCAAUAGAAAACGGUUGGAAUUCCCAGGACUUCCACCACAUUUUCUUCAGAUUUCCGUACCAUCACGGCAAAAAUAUUCACAGUUUCGUAACGAAGCUCACCGGGAUUGGAUUUCAGAUCACCGACACCGACCUAUCAGGCAUAGAUGUCGGAGCGUGGAGAUAUACAUUCAUACACAGCGAGGAAUCGUUUAUGAUAUCAGACGUUACUCGCGCCAUCUUGUCUCGGUCCGAGACUGGGCUUAAACGGCUCAUUGCAUCCGGGAAAGUCUCUUCUGAUGAUCAUAGACUCUGCCAUAUGUGUUCGAGCUGGGCUCCUGGUCUAGGCAUCCUGCUCGAGUUCAUGCCUACCGUUGAACCGUACGAACUUGAGUCGCUGUUACAAACUGCUGUAAAGCAUGGCUGCCUGGACUCUGUUAAACUUCUCAUUGACCAUGGUUCCCCAAUUGCCAAUCCCACAGUUUGGGUCUGCGAUUCUAAAGAGACAAAAGGGAUUGUAUUCGAUGCUUUCAUAGCCCGCCGGAAGCACCUGCUGCAACUGGCCAGAACUAUGCUACCCGAAUACUCACAAGAGGAACUCCGUCUCGAACGUGGUCUUUUGCCUGACUCAAACGCCGGCAAGAUUCACGCUCAGCUUAAACGGCAUAACAUCUUUGUGCCUUCAUUUCUCCGGCCUUAUAUUUAUGCGUGGGAUCGAGAUGUGUCUGUAUUCCAUGGUCCAACCCUCUCGGUAGACGAUAUGGUGCUUCUAUAUACAGCUGGAUUCCGCGAUAUUGAUGCUCUUAAUAGCGGGGGAUAUACACCUAUAAGCAGAGCAAAUCUUGAAUUUAUGGGCAAGCAGUCGAUCGGUGAGUGCAUUGAAAGACUCAAAUGGUUUGUGAGCAAGGGAGCGAGGCUACACUCUCCACCAACAAUUACAGGCAGCGUGCCGUCCCACCAUGUUUCCAUAAACAUAACCUACUUUUUGUUGAGGCCGCUUAAAGCUGCCCUCAAAACCACACUCAAAAAUCCCCAGAGCAUAUGGACUGGGAUUCUUGAUACUCAUCAUCGUGAUUUUAUUCGACUAGUAUAUGGGUCUGGGCAUACAGACGACUGCUCUUGUUCCUGUUCAGUAGCAGGCUGUACUCCCAUCUCCAUGGCGUUGCGCAUUAUACUCGGACGCCCUAAGAAGUAUUAUACCGGUUUCGGGCUUUCGGGAAAGGAAAAGGGGUGUAUUCUUCCGCAAUUUAUUCUCGAUAUACCAAGCUUUGCAGCUGCUGCACACGAAAUUCUUCGAUUCAUUACAUUUACCGACCUUGGAUUGACACACACCUGCUGCCGUUUCAAUAAGUACGGCGGCGGAAUAAAGGAAUUUCCAUUCGAUGAAGAGGAAGCAGUGGAAAUUCAGGAUGAGGAGAAACAUCUUCUGAUCGACUUUGAAGGACUACUUGAAGAGAUCAUUCGGGAGUACGAUCAGCUCGAAAUUCCACUAUUGGAGUAUAUCCACACUCAUUGGUGCCGUCGUGUCAGGGAGUACCUUUGGAAUAAUGGCGAGAAGGUAGAGUCUCAUUCUCUAUGCAAUCGUCUGGACCCGGACUUUUCGCGGCAGUGGGGCGAAAACAAGACAUAUAAGCCGCCUAAAACGAGGUUAAGUAUUCUAGCUUGA